AUGCAGACGGGAAAAAACGACAUCAUCGUUCACACAUGGACCGUUGAGGAAACACCAUGGACAUACGAACUCUCUCAGCAAGAUCUCGAGGCCGAGAGCGACCAAUUCGCGAUAUAUAAGUCUCUGGCUGCCUGCGUUUUUACAGCUGCGAUGAAUAUUGUCACUGCUCAGCUGAGCAGGGAAUCUGGAAACGAAUCCUGUGGGAAUAUAUAUCCAUAUCCUAUGUGCGAUUCACGGGCCUUGAAAGAUUCCGUACGCUUACCUUUGUUCAUCGGGCAGCCAACCUGGUGCGAAAUAUAUCUCUUCCUAAUAACAGUCAUGACAUGUCUGCACUGGGGUUGUAUCUUCAGCCUCUUCAACCAACCUCGGUGGAAGACGCAAUUUCUGCCUCAUAUCAUCAUGGCUACACUCAUCACUCUUCUCCCUUUCGCAACGAUCACUCGCGAUCCAACAACUGUCUUCCUUCGGCUUCUACCCAUAGUCACUGAUAUUUACACUUUCGCCACUGUCGCUAUAGACUAUGCUCGUGAAGGAAAACUUAGAUUCAGGAGUUCUACCUAG